AUGCCGACAUCGCCGAUGCCGGACACCUCAAAAAGAUUCAAACACACAAAGAAAUGGAAGAGAAAACGGAACGACAAGAGUCAAGAACACACCCACCCAGACGUCCCCGAGUCAGGCUCUGACCCCCAUCUGCCACUGGCGCUCUGGCGCUCUCCAUGCGCGCGCCCCCAGUAUGCCCCCCCGGCACCAGCCGCCGGCCGUACCCGAAACCACGGGCAGUAA